AUGUCAAGCACCGCAUCGCGCACUACUCAGGCCAAUCCUACUGGUUCUGGUAGGGCCACUGAGGGGGGUAGAGGUCGUUCCUAUAGAAGGCCAGCGAGUCACAGACGUUCGCGCUCUGGAUGCUACACUUGUCGUCUUCGAAGAAAGAAGUGUGACGAGACCCAUCCAGUCUGCGGAUCCUGUGGUAGCUUGAGGCUUAACUGCGAGUACAACAAGCCAGAGUGGUGGCCCGAUAUGGACCAUCGACAGGUUGAGAGGGACCGUAUCAAGGAGAUGAUUAGGGAGACCAAAGUCAUGGAGAAGCAAGCCAGGCUGCAAGGCGAGUUGGACAGACUUGUUCCAAGGGGUGCCCCCAAGUACGACUUCAACACGCCCCCGGAGUACGGCAGCUCAAGUGCUGGACCUUCUACUCAGCCCAUGCCUACCUUGCCUUCUCCAAGUCAAAUGUUGUCUAGCAUGCCUCCACCCCCUAGUCAGCCUAUGCCUUGCGUGCCUCCCCAAGUGACUACUUCUGUCUCAUAUCCGCAUGGGAUCAAUGUUCAAACUGAACAAAGGACUUUGGUUCACGAUAGUGCUGCUCCCGCUUCAUUCAAUACCAUGGCACCGCAGCAGCCAUACGCGCAGCAGCCAUAUGUGCAGCAACCCAACAUGCAACCGCAAUAUGCACAGCAGCCGUAUGCGCAGCAGACCAAUGUACCGCAAUUCAACAUGCAGCAGCCAUACACACAACAGCCAUAUGUGCAGCAGUCCUACACGACGUACCCCGCUAUGCCAGGCAACGGAUGGUACCCAGGUUAUACCCAGCAACCACAGUUCCCCAAUGUUCCUAAUACAAGGGAAUCGGGUUCAAACAAGAGACCAUUGUCCUGCUAUCUCCCCGCUACUGUACAUGAUAUUGAUCCCCGGGAAAGGCGGCUUGUGUUCCACUUCGUCGAUAACGUCUUGCCGGCGAUCUUUCCUGUUCUUGACGUCCACCAGAAGGGCGUUUCUCGCUUCCGUGAGAUUCUCAAAUCCUUGGAAAAUAACAAGUCUUACUACCAUUGCUCCCUUAGUGUGUCUGCCAUUCAGCUGAAGGGCAUGCUCGGAAUGAAUAAGGAGGAGAUGGAGAAUGAUGUUGUGCACCAUCGGUUCCAGGCAAUUUCGCAUCUCUGCCAGUCGUUGAAUGUGGACCAUGGCCACGAUACUAUGUUGGAUGCAACACUCGCGAUGAUCUUCUUCCACGCCUCUGUUGGUGGACCCCUUGACCACCUGCCAGACAUUCCAUGGAACGAGCACUUUGGCGCAGUAACCAACCUUGCCAACAAGCUUAAUCUCAUAGAGGCUCGUCCAAACAGGAAGCUUCCAUUCAGAAUGUCACUCACCACAUGGAUUGAUAUUUUGGGAGCUACCAUGCUGGGCAAAUCCCCUCAGUUUGCACACGCCUACCGCACCAAGCAUUUGAAUGGAAUCUCGUCCGGUUUGAAGGAGUUAAUGGGCUGUGAAGAUCGGGUCAUGUACUUGAUCUCUGAAAUAGGCUGCCUGGACUCACUGAAGUCAGAGGGCCGUCUCGAUACUCAUGGUAUCAAUCACCACCUUUCCGCGUUGACCACACAGCUUGACCGUCUUGAGCCUACCGAUCGAACUCUGGAUGAUCCUUAUUCCGCGACAGGAGAAAUCAAUGCUGGUAUUUUAACGAAGAACAUUACUGCUGCAUUCCGUGUCGCCGCCCGGAUCUAUCUCUACAGCUUGACACCCGGGUUUGAUCGCAAACAGGAAAGCAUCGUCAGCUUGGUUGAGCACUUCUCAAGCGUCCUACGCUUUAUCCCAACCGGCCCUUAUGGCUUCGAUCGGGCACUCGUCUGGCCGCUCUUGAUAGUAGGAGUAUACUCCACUGAAAGAUGUGCUUUCCGUGGCAUUUUGGCCCAGCGUUCUACGGCUCUGGGAGACGCAGCCGACACCGGCAGCUACGGCCGAAUGUACCGACUCCUGAAGGAGGUUUGGAGAGUCACGGAUGAGCCGCUGACAUUUGCCACUUCUACCGACGGGAUGAUCUUCCCUUCAGAAAGAUUGAACGGCGAAUCUUCGCGAAUGUCUGCUCCCAUCAACAGAACAAUUGGACAGCCGCUCAAAAAGCGAACCGGCCACUGGCGGGCUGUCAUGAAGCGUCUCGGAUGGCGCUUUCUCCUUGUCUAG